AAUGCUCACACUGGCGGGAAACCUGAGGGAGAAGGAUAGUUUAUACUGAAAGUUUUUGCUGACUGGUGUAUGUUAGCAUUGUGGAGUGGUUGUCGAGUUUUUCUUUUUAUUGAUAAACGCGUUUGGGAUUACCAAGAGAUAACCUGAGUCUUUCUUUAUCACAUUAUAUAACAUUGGGACUGAUCUACAACCCUGUUUUGUUCUUGUCAUGUUUUCAUAAACCAAUUCUAACAUGGUUCAAAUAGUCAUCUCAAGUAAAAGUGGUGAGUCUCCUGGUGAGUGGCUGCUUGUGGAGUUACAGGGUGAGAUGGUGUCACGACACGACACUGGACUGGCUGGAAAUCUUAUGGGGGACCUGCACUACACCAAAGAGGGUGUACCAGUACUGAUUGUGGGACAUCACAUCCUGUAUGGCAAACAGGUCAAACUGGAGAAACCUUUUGCUGUCCUGUUGAAGCACUCCGGCCUCCCACAGGAGGAUGAUGUAGCCAUGGAAACUGGCCAGGAGAAGCCUACCUCCUAUACUGUCUCUGCUAUAAUCAAAAAGAAGCUGAUCUUUAAAACACGCCCUAAACCUAUAAUUACUAAUGUGCCCAAGAAAGUUUAAUGACCAAAAAUAUACAGAGGGGCAUUCAUGGUGUCUGCUCUUCAAUCCUUUGUGAAAUACACCAGUCCCAGAAAGUGUGGUCUUGAAAUAUUUCCAGAUGAUGUCUAUGAAUACAAGACUGUUCUGUGAGCUCUGGAUAGACUUUCUCAUUGGAAAAUCCUACCUGGAUGUGCGUGAUGUAUUGGUUCAUCAGUGCAAAAAUAGAAGUAACGGUAGAUAUAUUUUCUAGGACAAAGAAUGAUCAGAGUUAGAGAAAGUUUAUUUUCAUAAAAACAGUUUGCAGGUGUUAUAAAGAUCUGCAAAAAAUAUGCAGUAAAUAUUGAUAUAAAUUUUUUUUACGUAUUUAACAAUUUACACAAGAAAAUUUAAAUAAGUUUAAAACAGUACGAUUGGUGUUCUUAUGCAUUUACACAAAAUAUGAAAUGAAGCUUUAAUGAUGCAUGUUGUUAUUGGUGUUGCACAACAGUGUAGUGCAUCAUGGAACAGUUUACUCACCCUUAUACAUUCUGACCCAAAGGUGUUGUGUAUGUGAAUUUGAUUUGAAAUACAAAGACCUUCUAAACUCAA